AUGUUGGUCAUAAAUGUCGAAAAACCUUUCUGGACGGCGGUGGCGGCGGUGUUCGCGUUGGCCGUCACGCACGUUAUGCCGGCGGAAAACGCGAGAAUAUUGGCGGUGAUGACGAUACCAGGCAAGAGCCACUGGAACUUUAUGAGUGCCGUGCUGCGGGCUCUGACGGACCGCGGACACAGCGUUACCGUGUUCACGGUGUUUCCAGACGGGAACCGCGAAAACUAUACGGAAGUGGACACUUCGACAAAAGUGUCGAAAAUCGUCGGCAUGGACCUGGCAGAAAUGCAACGGCUGUACGGCGACCCGCUGUACACGGUUCCGACAAGGAUGAAAACAUACCGAACGUUCUGUGACGGUAUUUACGACGACCGCCGGGUGACCGGUCUGUUGGCCGACGGCCUGGACGUCAAUUUCGACGCGGUCGUUAUCGAACACGGCCCGCCGUCCUGUUUGACGUACUUGACGGCCGGAACGAGACUUCCCGUCUUGAGCGCAGUGCCUUAUGCGAAGAAGUUAUUCGCGGAAUCCGGGAUGGUCGGCGACGUGCCGAACCCGGCGGCCGUGUCGUCCAUGUUCUUCCCGCACGCCGUGCCGAAAACGUUCGCGCAACGGUUCUCCAACGCCGUGCUGUCGUUUUACAUCGAAGUGUCCGCCGCGCUGUUCGAUUCACCGGUCUUCCUCGACCGGCGAAAACCGUACAACGCGUACGUCGCCACACCCCCGUCAAUAGUGUUUACCAACGGUCAUUACAUUAGCGACGCGGCCAGGCCGAUUCCGCCGAGCAUCGUCAACGUGGGCGGCAUCCAUUUGAAACCGCCGGAGAAAAUACCAAAAGUAUCGUUUGUAUCUAUUAAACCGUUUCUACACGCGUAGCGGUGUAUCUAAAAAAAUAAGAAACAAUACGCACGAGCGGAAGAAUUCCGUGACUAGAAUCGAAUUUCCCUCAUCGAACGAUUCGGUGCCUUGGCGAUAUUUACACUUUUUUUUUUUUUUUUAUUUAUUAUCCGGAUAGGAAAUUGACAAAAUAGAAGAUCGCUCGUCUCGCUCAGUUUUGGGAAUAUUUUUUUUUAUCAUUACCAAAAAGUACGAUUUGAAUGCAUUUCCGUUAAGCCCCGAGAGUUUUAUAAUAUUUCAUUCAAAUUUAUAAAAUAUUAUUUUUAUAGUAAAAUGACUGAUAAAAUGUUUUAUCUUUCCAUAUUUUGCAUCUAAAUAAUAUUUAAAAAAAUAUUCGUAAUGUAACGGGAAUUUUAUUUUGUAAAUAUUUUAAAAAUUAUAAUUUUCUAACUUUUUUUUCUAAUACUAAAAAAUGCGAUAAACCGUAUCACGUGACUUGCCACAGUCGGUUAUUGAACUCGAGUCCCAGCAUUAAUCAACCUAACGCCUUAUGGACUUUACAACCUACCCAAUUGUUAACAAGUCGAUAUUAUAACUAUGUAAGUUAUUAAGUAAAUUUCAAAAUAUUAUAAUACAGGUACCGUGACAUCUCGAAAUUGUGGACUUUUUGGGAACUUUAUCCCCUCUGAGUAGUGCACACCUGUAUCAAGGGGAAGGUGUAGGAGCUGGUGCGGUUGACGUGCCCCGUUUUUUUGUUUAUUGGUUAUUUCGGUGUAUUUUAUCGUUCAAUAAAAUAUGGUAACUUAAAUAAAAAUGUAAGUUCUCCACUUCCACCCCCCGCAAAAAAAAAAAAAAAAAAAAAAAAAAUUGGCCAUGGGGCUAUAUAAUACAAUGUAAUGACCGAAUGCAACCAAUAAAAGUUUAAUUUACCUGCCAACUACAUUACAAAUUAUCUGUUUUCGGUUUAUGUUAUUUGAAAUGUUAUGGCGAUGAUGAGUAAUAAACGACUGGUAUCGUUUAAUGCGUGAACAGCGAAUCGUCGUCCACCCGAUGUGGUCUCGGCGUACUUUAAUCGUAAUAAUAUUUGUUUAAAUGAUUACAUUUUUCCGAUCUGGCGAUGUCCGAGAUGUAUUAUCGGUCGGUCGUUAGUAACGGUUGGGUCUAUAUUCGGAAAACUUAAGUAUUGCAAUUAUUGUAUGGACUGAGUACGCAUUAUCGGGACAAACCGGAUGGAAAACUCCUAGGUUCCAACGUGGAUAUCGAAUUUAUAUGUUUCCAGAAUACUCUUAUUGAGUCAAAGUUAAAACGUUUUGAAACCAACUAGACCAGAAUGUCACUAUAAUAUGUCAAUACAAACAUAUUAAAUUCUGAUUUAAACAUUUCCAGCAAAGUCUCAACAACGUUAAAGCAAAAAAUAUUAUAUUUUUAAUAUCAAAUUUUUACAAAAUUGGAGAAAUUUAGAAAACCAUCACCGAUUUCCUAAAGUUAAUUUUUUAGGACGUACAUAUUUUCGUUUGCAGGAUGUGUUAGAAUUUAUAGAGGAAUCUUCGCACGGGGUCAUACUGUUUACGUUCGGUUCAACUGUAUCAAUAUCUUCAAUACCGGAUCGCAUUAAAACUGUGUUUUUAGAAGUAUUGGCUCAACUCCCGCAGAGGGUUUUGUUGAAAUACGAAGGCGAAUUGAAAAAUAAACCCCACAACGUGAUGACCAGUAAAUGGUUUCCUCAACGGGAUAUACUCGGUAAGGUCCGAAAUUACGAUAAUUCGGAUGGGUUGAUUGUUCCAUAGGCAAUAGCCAUACCGGAUAAACAUGCGGUUUUUUUUUUUUCAUCAAUUCAAGUGCAUCCGAAAAUCAAGCUAUUCGUCAGUCACGGUGGGAUAGCCGGAGUGUACGAAGCGGUGGACGCCGCCGUUCCCGUUUUAGGAUUUCCGUUGUUUAGCGACCAAUAUAAGAAUAUGGGAGACUUGGUCGAAGCGGGCAUGGCGAUUUCUAUGGAUUUGUUGUCCGUUAGUGCGGAUGCGUUUUUAAAAAACGUCGUGGAACUCGUCAACAACGACAAGUAAAUCGGUCGUUUGCGCCAUUUAAAUUUCGAUGUGUACCUUGAUACGUUUCGUUUUAGGUACAAGAAAAACGCCGAGAUCGCUUCGAGUAUAUUCAAAGACCGUCCGAUGUCACCGCAACAGUCGGUCGUGUACUGGACCGAGUACGUGAUUCGUCACAAAGGGGCGCCGCAUUUGAAAUCGCACGCGCUCAAUUUGACGUGGUACCAAUACUUCUUAUUGGACGUGAUUGCAGUCGCGUUACUUUCAAUUUCGAUCGUAACGUACGUAAUUUAUAGAGUAUUCAAAUUGUUGUAUCAGUAUACGUGUAAGCGUUAUUACCGCGUUAUUAAAGUAAACCGUUCCGAUAGGUUGAAGAACGAUUAA